AUGAAGUUAUGGAAAGGUGCUACUUUUGCCUUCAUGCUCUGUGGCGCAGCCCUGUCCAUCCUCCUGGUUAGAAACAUGGCCACUACUUCAUCGCCACCACCCUCAUCAUCGUCAUCAUCAGCAGCAGCAGAAUCGACGGUGUCGUCCCGGCAGGUGGUCGGUCCUCAUCGGAAAACCCGCUCAGCCGACGAGAUGAACUCUCUCCUCUCAGAGUUUUCCAUGAUGUUCCAGAGCUUCACGGAGGGCGAGCUUCAGCAUGUGGUCGGGACCUUGCUCGACCGGAAGAGGAGGAAGAGCCGCCGCCUGGGUGAUAACCAGGCCCGAAGGACUAAAAGAGCCCGGAGGCCCAAGCCCUGCUCUUUGAGGCAGCUGGAGCUGACCGUGAGCGAACUGGGUCUCGGCUACGACAGCGACGAGACUGUGCUGCUGCGCUACUGCAGCGGCAAAUGCACGAGCCACCGGGAGAACUACGACAUCACCAUGGAGCACAUGAUGCGGACGGGCUUCAGGAAGAAGGGCCGCAAGGACAAGGUUAGCAACGGGCCCUGCUGCCGGCCCACCGCUUUCGAAAAGGAAUUUUCCUUCCUGGACAACAAUAGCCGCUAUCACACGAUACAAAAUGUGUCGGCAAAGAACUGUGGCUGCGUAUGACCCAGAGAAAUGGACUUCUUCAUGCUGCUCUGAACAUGAAUACUGUUAAAAGACAAACUACGGAAUAUAAACCCGAGGAAAAGAAGGGAAUAUGUUUAUGGCUGCUCCACGGCGGCCUUUUUCUGACAGGGAGACUUGACCUUUUUAUAGGCGUCUGUCAAAAACAAAUUGGAACUAAAUCAC